GCUUGUGUGUCUGUGUGUGCGCUGCUCUCCACACUUCAAAAACAUGUUUCUUUUGAAAAAGAAAAACAAAAUACAGCCACAGUUCAAGUUUGUGGGCUAGCAAUUCUUUCUUACACUCCUCAAAAGAAAUGAUUUUGACGUACACUGCAUGUGCCGUUCUGGCAUACUUCCUGAUCAAAUACAUUAUCAACUUCUUCGCUUAUCGCAGAGCAUAUUUUAAGCUGCCAACUCCUCCUGGCUAUAGCUAUGUAACUGGAACAAUGCAUUUAUAUCCAGGAAAUAACGAAGAAGGUUUAGCGUCUGAACUUGAGAUGGCCAAGAAAUAUAAAUACUUCCAUCUUUGGUGGGCCGGACCGCUGUUACCCAUCGUGGUAGCUUACCAUCCAGAUGUAUUGAGACACAUCUUAAAGUCUUCAGCGCCCAAGCCACGAUCUAAGAUUUUAGCCACUUCUUAUGACAUGGGCGUUCCUUGGCUCGGUGAGGGUCUCAUUCUCUCCAACGGACCAGGUUGGGCCAGAAAUCGCAGGCUCUUGACUCCUGCCUUUCAUUUUGACAUUUUGAAACCAUACAUCGAGGUGUACAACCAGUGUGCCGACAUUUUAAUUGAGAAAAUUGAGGAGCAAUCCAAACAAGGAAAGUCCUUUGAUAUUUACUCCCUACUGCACCGACAUGCUAUGGACGUCAUCCUCAGGUGUUCGUUUUCCUACAAAUCUGAUUGCCAGAAUUCUGACUUGAAAGAUAAUAUUGCCUCGGUGAUCUCAGAGCUCAAUACUUUAUGGUCAGACAGAUCAAUAUCUCCCCAUUUUUAUGAUCACAUUGAAUGUCUGUAUCGCUUGACGUCUCAUGGUAAAAGAUUUUAUCAUCUCUGUAGUGUAGCUCACAAGGCUUCAGAGGAAAUCAUUGAGAAACGAAAGCAAGAACUUAUAGCUAAUCCUGAUCUUGUGUCGAACAAAAAAUGCAAAGAUUUCUUGGAUAUUUUGCUGACAGCAAAAGAUGAAGAUGGACAAGGAUUGUCUGCCUUGGAGAUUAGGAAUGAAGUGGAUACCUUCUAUUUUGCUGGUCACGACACCACAGCCAGUAGUAUGACCUGGAUAUUGUACACAUUAGCUGGACACCCAGAAUACCAGGAGAAAGUCUACCAGGAAGUUAUAAAUGUUCUGGAAGGCAGAGAAUAUAUUGAAUGGAAUGACCUUCAGAAGUUGGAGUUCACCACUAUGUGCAUCAAAGAAUCAUUACGACUACAUGGGGGAGUUCCAGGUAUUGAAAGAAGAACAACAGAGGACUACACUAUUCAUGGGCUUACCAUACCAGCAGGCACGAGAUUAACAAUUCAGUUGUUCUUACUUCAUCACAACCCACUUCUCUGGGAAGAACCCCAACAGUUUAAACCAGAGAGAUUUCAUCCAGACAAUCUGAAAACAAUGGACCCAUUCCAGUUUGUGCCGUUUUCUGCCGGGCCAAGGAACUGUAUUGGUCAAAACUUUGCACUUAAUGAAAUGAAGACGACUAUUAGCAGAAUAAUAAAGAAUUUCAAAAUUACAUUAGAUGACAAUCACGUUGUUCGAAGAGUACCCUACGUCACUGUGCAACCAGAGAAUGGAGUUUUAAUCUAUGCCACACCUCGCUAAAGAUUCUCAAGAAAAGAUUGUAUAGUUUGAAAUACAUCUACCUUGCAAUGUGUAAAUGUAUACUUUUGAAUAUUUUAACUCAUUGACUAUGUCCCAUAAUUCAUUUGUUUUUAUAAUGGUGUUUUAGCUUGUCUAAAAAUAGAAUCCAAGCUUACCACUGAGCUUAAUGCAUGAUCUUUGGUUAUCACUGAGCUUAAUGCAUGAUUUCUGGUUACCCCUGAGCUUCAUGCAUGAUCUCUGGUUACCCCUGAGCUUAAUGCAUGAUUUCUGGUUACCACUGAGCUUAAUGCAUGAUUUCUGGUUACCACUGAGCUAAUUGUAUGAUCUCUGGAUUUUCUCUGCAUCUUAUUUCUUUCACAACAAUCAAUGUCACUUGAAGGGAAAUGAAAAGAUAAGCUAAGCUAGAUAUCAAAGUACUUAAGGGUAUAAACAAUCAUAAGUUAUAUUACUGUGAUAUAAAUAACAAUUAAAAUACUUUCUAUUGGCAUUGGGCUUGUAUAAAAAAAUACAACUUAAAUACACUUUUGUGUAUGAUAUUUGUAAUAGAACAUGUUCAUAAACUUUUAAAUGUUAAACCUUGCUAUUUUCUUGUUGUGCAUGUGAUCAUUGACACUUAGAUUCAGGUAUCAUUUUUACAUCACAUUUGUUUUGAUUGCUUGUCUCAUGAAAAGGUUCAUAAAAAUUAUGUCUGGAGAUGUGUUAGAACUGAUACUACAAGUUACUCUGUACAUUAGAGUCACGUGUUCAGACCAAGUUUAGCAGCUAAUACUAAAUCUCUUUAUAUAUAUAUUAUUUUUUAAAUUAUAAUUUUAAGUAUAAUCCAAACAUUUGAUGAGAUAAAACCUCCCCCAACUCAAAUGUACAAGGACUGCCUUUUUUUUCACAAAGCUGAUAUUAACUCCAUGUAUCUUUGGGUGGAUUCUUGUACACUUUUAUUUCUGCCUUCUCAUUCUAGGAUCAAGUAGAAACUGUGUACAAUUAUUCAUUGAAUGAAAACAUGAAUCAAUCCAAAAAAAAAAAAAAAUCAACAACAAUUAAUUUCUUAAUUACUUGUGUUUUUUUUUUUUUUAAGAACAAGGGGAGAUAUACAAUACAAUGUUGAUAGAUUGGCAGCGAUUUAACGUGCUCUCCCUUCACUCAAAAAUAUGAUCUGUUGUUUUUUUUUAUAAAGUAUUUUUACUUUGCUUGUUUUUACUAUGAAUGUUAAUUAGCAUGUACCAUAAAUCUUUGACCCCUACAAGGUCUAAAUAAACUAAACUAGUUAAGAUAAAUCUAGACCAGACUAUUCUACAUACGAUUAUACACAUAUAUAAAUAUUUGUCAGCAUUCUAAGUAAAAAUGGAGUAAAGUUUAUAUAACUGCAUACGUUCAUUCUGGCAUAGCGUAACAACAUUUAAAGGUUUAGUUUUCAAAAACGAAAAGUAGUUCAUUUUAUUUACCUCUAUUUAAUUCUUAUUAAUAUUUUGGCUUAAGAAAGAUAAUUUUAUGAUUCUGUUUAUGGUUUAGAUUUGUGGAAUUAUUUUUAGUGCAUUUAGUAAAUAAAGUACUCAGAAUGGCUUUCC